AUGCGUGUCUCGCUGCCGGUAUAUCCACAUCACAAGACCCGCGCUGAGGUAGCCACCUUGCGAUGGGUGCGCCAAAAUACCAAUAUCCCGGUCCCCGAGGUGUUCAGUUUUGACGACAGCAACGCCAAUGAGAUUGGCUACGAGUGGAUAUUGAUGGAAUUUUUACAGGGCACAUCAGCACGGAAAUGUUGGCGGACCAUGUCAAUGGAGCAGAAGAUUGCACUCACGAAGCAGAUGGCGACAUUCCAGGCGGAGUUGUUGGAAUAUGGGAAGCCAGGGUUCAUGUUCAAGAACAUAGGGACGUUGGAUGUGCGGGAGAUCGGCCAAGAAAGCAACGCUGAGGACUUGAAAAAGAUUGCUCCUGGCCGACUAGUAUCCCACGGGUUCUUUAUGGGCGAUCACGUCCAAUAUGACAUUCCGCGAGGCCCCUUCCGCUCUAGUCAUGACUGGCUGAGCGCGGAGUUGAACAUCAUCCUACUACAUCACACAGCAGUCCUCAAAAGACACAGGACGAAGAUGACAAAGAGGACGCCGAGGAGUCUUCCCCCAAUCUUGGACGAGCGGGAGACGACAGGACUAUAUCACCAUGACCUCCAUCUGAACAACAUUCUGGUAAACGAAGAGGGAGAAAUCACGGCCGUUCUGGACUGGGAAUGCGUCUCGGCACUUCCCCUCUGGAUGUUAGCCAAGGUUCCCAAGUUCCUUGACGGGCCAGUUCGGGAGGAAGAGCCGCAGCGAGAUCUAUAUGCGGAUGAGGCGCCUGAUGUGGAAGCUGAGAACAAUGACCCGGAGUACUUGGACAAUGAGGGCAAGAAUGAGCUGUACUUCAUUCACAGGAUGGAGUACGAGACAACGCAACUACGAAAAGUCCACGUGGCUAGAUUGAGGGAACUGUGGCCAGAGUUGUCUCUUGAGGAAAGCGCUGUGAAGAUUGAUUUCUUCGAAGCAGUCUCACAAUGCGACGGAAUAUGGGUGAAAAAGGCGCGUCGAUGGGCUGAUUGUAUGCAGAAGGGUGAGGUUGUAAGGUGGGAUGAUGCCUAG